AUGUUGUUGGGCCCACCUUUUGGUGAUUCAGAUGCUGAUAUCGUGGAACAAAUGGUGGAUGGGCGCCACUCAGAAGAUCUUUCAUUGGAUGAUCUUAAACAUCUGAUGUGGCUGCCAUCAAAUGAGGGUCUCCCCUUCUCUUCUGUGAGCAGGUAUAAUAAAACACUCUUAGGUGAUAAAUUGGGGAAGUUCCCAGCUCCCUUCUUGAUGAAUACUAUUCAUUUUGGCAUGCAAGCCAUUUUAUCCAAGGCCAUCGUGGGAUUCUGGUCUCAAAAGUUGCAACCUAGUGUAAAAAUGUCAUGGAGGGAUUACUUUCUCAAAGUUGUACCAACGGCUAUUGGAACAGCGCUGGAUAUAAACCUGAGUAAUGUCUCCCUUGUUUUCAUCUCUGUCACAUUUGCCACUAUGUGUAAAUCCGCCUCUCCAAUAUUUCUCCUUCUGUUUGCUUUUGCAUUCAAGUGAGUCUCUAUUUGUAUGACCUCCGUAAAUGAUAUGAUUGUUCCAUUUGCAGUCUGUUUAUGAAAAUCCUGC